AUGUCCACGGUCCAGAGCUGGAAUGACGCGGAUCAUGUGCCCCACACCGCUUAUCACCCCCCGCCUGUCUCUGUACGCCUUCACUCUUUCGCAACCAACAUGAAUAUCCUACACUCCACGCUAUCAACUUGGCGGGAUCGCCUCGCCCCCGUGUCGCGUACCUCGACAUUCCGAAAUACAGGACAAAUCACCCCGGAGGAGUUCGUACUCGCCGGAGACUACCUCGUCUACAAGUUCCCCACAUGGUCUUGGGCUGAUGCCUCAAGCCCAGCAAAGCGAGUGUCUUACCUCCCGGCCGGAAAGCAGUUCCUUGUCACUCGCGGAGUCCCAUGUCACCGAAGGCUGAACGACAACUUCGCCGGCGAUGCAGGACUAGAAGAUGAGAUCGUCAGGGACUAUCUUUCCGGCGGUGACGGGGGCGAAAGCGCAGCACGCGAAGGAGAGGAUGGAUGGCUGCGUACCGGAGGAGGCAGAGAUACUACCGCCGAUAAAGAUAAACAAGAAGCUCGCAUCAGCGACGUGCGGACAGUUGAUGAAUCAGGAAACCUGGGCGAGCAGGAGGAAGACGAUGAGAUCCCAGAUAUGGAAGAUGAUGAUGAUGACGAGGAAGCAAUUAUUCGUGAGCCAGUUGGCCAGUCAAGUACCACACAACCUCUCCGCACCUACACUCUCUACAUCACAUACUCAAACUUCUACCGCACACCCCGCCUCUACCUCUCUGGAUAUCUAUCGGCAUCUGAGCCCCUCCCUCCACAUCUGAUGAUGGAGGAUAUCGUCGGUGAUUACAAGGACAAGACCGUGACCCUUGAGGAUUUCCCAUGGUUCGACGGCAGCGUGAAAAUGGCCAGUGUGCACCCCUGUCGCCACGCCUCAGUGAUGAAGACCCUUCUGGAUCGUGCCGAGGCCGCGCUCAAGCUGCGCCGCGACAAGCUUAAACAAACCCAGUCACGCGAGGAGGCAAACCGCGUUCUGCGCUCAGGCGGUGGACUCGAAGGACUGGUGGAUGAAACUAAGAAUCUUUCUCUCGACCAGCAGGGUCAACACGGGGACGAGUGGGAGAUGCUACAACACGACGAGGAAGAACAAGUGGCCAUCCGUGUGGAUCAAUACCUGGUUGUUUUCCUGAAGUUCAUCGCCAGCGUGACACCGGGUAUUGAGCAUGAUUUCACCAUGGGCGUCUAA